AUGCAAGCCCCUGCGCCCCUCCGCAACAAGGCAAUCCUGCGACAAAUCUUCCACUACGAUAAAGUGAACAACCGCACUCUCGCACGCCUAGCGCGCACUUGCAAAGCGUUCUCCGAACCCGCUUUGGACGAGUUAUGGUGGUUCCUGGACGACUUCACGCAUCUGUUGACCUUGCUGCGCUUGCAGUGUUGUAAAGUCCCCGACAAAGCCAGGAAGAAAUACGUCCUGCAAGAGGAGCCGUCGGCCGAGCGCUGGGCGCGAUUUCACAGCUACGCGCGUCGGGUGCGCCGUGCCUUCAUGCCGAUGGCCUAUAUGGAUAUCCACCCUUCAGUGUACACCGCCCUCGCCGAGCGCUCGCACAAGCAGCCGCUCUUCCCGUCUUUGCGCGAUUUAUUAUGGCCGUACGACACCUUCCCCGAUUACGAACUGGUGGAACUCGUUAUCUGCAUCGCGGCGCAGUCCAUCAAGUCCCUUCGGUGGGUCCGCGCGGUAGAUUGCGGGCCGUAUGACGACCAGGAGCCCGUUCGCGAGGAUGACAGAGAGCCCUUCCAGCUCGAGGCGCUGUGUCGGAUGCUGGCCAACGAAGCGCCCUCGCUUCAGACCUUGGAACUCGGUAGCCGGUUUUCACUGGUCUUGUUGCGCUUCCUCGCACCCUGCAAGCGGCUCACGAAGCUUCAGAUCUCAUUUUGCACCGUCUUCGACCUCCUGCAGUUUUGUGCGCCCAUGGAAUGUCUCGCCGAGCUGGACGCGUGCUUGGUGGAGACCUUCGGCGCAGAUAUCCCUCUUUGCGCCGGCUUUCCCGCCCUCGAGAAACUGACCCUCGGCGAUGGCUGUGCGGCCCAGGUUGCCCGCCUCCUGCGAGCUAUAUCGUCGCCCGAUGUUCGGUACGUCAAGAUGGACAGUCUCGUCGCCGACAGUUGGAUGGACGUGGGUGCGUGUCUCGACGCCCUCGACGCCCGAGUCGCUUCCUCGCUCCGGGUCUUUCAUCUGGGCUGCGACCUGCGCAGCCCCGACAAGCCCACCACGCGACUGACGGUCAUCCUCCAGCCGCUCUUCCGCUUCUACCAGCUCGAAGACAUCUCCAUCCGACUCUCCGUCCACUCCGACCUCAAUUCGAAGAUCCGGCUGAGCGAUCGCGACAUCUCCGAGCUCGCCUCGGCCUGGCCCAAGGUCACCAGCAUCCGCCUCGACUACCCGCCAGCCGCCAUGAUGUCUGUAUUCACCGCCCUCGCCACAUUCGCGCAGCACUGCCCCAGCCUGUCCGAGCUCCGGCUCGGGAUAGCGCUGGACGACUCGCCCUCUGCGCUCGUCCCGCCAACCCGCGUCGCCUCCGCGUGCAGGCCGCACGGCCUAACGAAGCUCCAGCUCGCGUGGGGCGAGCUCGACAUCCGCGACCCCGUCCGCCUCGCGCGCUUCCUCUUCGGCACGUUCCCCGCUCUCGACCUCCCGUGGAUGUGCGCGAACGGGCAGGUCGACCCGGCGCUGGUGCGCGCGCUGCGGAGCCGGCAGGUGCGCGAACGCAGGAGGGCGGAGAGGAGGGAGGCGAGGGAGGCGAAACGCCUGGGCCUGAAGCCGCUGCGCGCCGCUCCGCCUCCGGGCGCGCGGUGUGGCUGUCCGCGGCGGCUUGUGGUGGAUCUGUGUUGA